AUGCUCGACUUCAGGAAUCCCGGCCUCCUGCUGGGGUUGAUUGUCCUCGUCGCCCUGGUCACCCCGGCCGCUGCCUUCGGUGCCGGCAACAUUGCCUCCAUCUCCAAGGUCGAAGGCCAGAACUGGCGACACGGUGAUAUCGAAGAUGCGCUCCUCACUUUGGCCAUGGCCCGCGCCAUGAAGCACAAGAAGUUCAACAAGAUCAUGGUUUCCCGAGUCUAUUUUGGCAACUGGUUGCGUGACUACUCCCAGGCCAUCGACGUCGGCACAGUCAAGUCCGUGUCUGCCGAGGCCAUUCGCCUGCUCCUCUCAGUGCUCGGCUUCUUGACCUUUGGCUAUGGGUCUGGCGAGUUCGAGAUCACUGCGGACCGCCUUGGCUGCUACCGCCCUGAGGAUCACAUUGACAACCCCAAGAACUACGCCGACAACCAGGAUGCUCGCCAGUACGACAGGCGGCUUCGCGGUCCUGUCGAUGAGGAGCGAGAGCUGGCCAUCGACCCCGAGACGGGCAUGAAGAAUUACAUUGCCAAUGAGCGUGCCGGAAUCAUGACCUCCGCUAAGCACGUGAAGAAGCUGUUCUCUGGCUGCAUUGAGCUCGGCCGUCGCUACAAGGACCGCGGUAACAAGGAGGAUCUGUACGAAUCGCUGCGCCUCAUGGGCACUGGCCUGCAUUGUCUCGAAGACUUUUUCGCCCACAGCAACUACACGGAGCUGGCACUGAUCGAAAUGGGCGAGCGCGACGUCUUCCCGCACGUCGGGCAGAGCUGCCGAAUUCGCCUCGAGGGCGCCCGUGGAGACGUUUACCCAAUCGUCACCGGUACUUUCGGCGGCGUCGAUUUUCUUCACUCUGUCGUUGGCGAAGUGUCCGACAAGAUGACCCAGAACGAGAUUGAGGAGCUCGAGGGCACCCUUCAGGACAGCAAGACCGCGGACACCAGCCUUCUCCGUGACCUCCUCGACAAGAUCCCCGAUGGUCUGUUUGGCGACAAGCAUCAGAGCUCCAGAAUCGACGAGAUUCAGAACAACGCCAACGCGGCGCAGAUGCAGAACACCUCUGUCUCCCCGCGCAACCCCGAGGAGUUUACUGUCUACGUCCGAAACGUUUACCAGCAGAUCAUGCCCGCCAUUCAGUUCCAUGAUGACAUCAUGAAGAGCAUCACGAGCGCUGUUGAGAAGAUCCCUGUGCUUCCCAAGAUUAUUGAGCAACUGGAGGAGCAGCUCUCCAAAUUCGUCUUCUCCGUCAUCGCUCCAUUUGUCGUUCCCCUGAUUCAGCAGAUCCGCAACGAACUGCGCACCGGAUCUGAGGAAAUUGUCCACAGCAGCGAGCAGGAGCAGCACAUUGUCUUUAACAACGACCGUUGCGACGAUCCGACUCACUCGAUGCUGUCCAAGGACCAUUUUUCCAACAUCCUGAACGAGAUCGCUGGCCGGACGGCGGCGAGAAUGCUGCACUGGGUUGUGCCUCAGCUCAUGGAUGCCAUUGACGACGAUAACACCGAUGUCAAUAGGCUCCUCGAUCGCAUCGUCAACGGUGUCAUGCACCACCCUGCGCAGAAGGACAUGGGGCGCGACGGCGUCUCCGAGGCGCGUAACAUCAUCUUCGGCCAGGUCCAGGAGUGGUGGAACCAGAUGGGCGACGAUCAGAAGAACGAUUAUCGCCGCAAGCUGUCUCGCCAGGGCGUCCAGCGAGGCGAGAACCACAAGGAGGGCGUGUACGACACGGGCCAUGGCCAUGGUUGCUGCGGCAAGCUGCAGAUGCGCAAGCUGUACGGCGAACCUCAGGGGCUUGAGGACAAGAUCGCAGGAGCUGCCGCCGAUGCCAUCUUCCAAGGCGCGACGGGCGCAAUCUCUGGCAUUGUGGAGCAGAACACGGGCUACAAGCUGCCUUCCACGCAGGGAUCACAGCAGGAACAACAUCAGGAAGAGGGCGGCCUGGGUGGCUUCCUCAGCGCCGCAGGCUCCAUUCUCGGCGGUGCUUUUGGCAAGGAUGAAACGGAAAAGCACAGCAGCCAGCGUCGGGAUGACGACGGAUCGUAUACGCAGACCGAAACGGAGUACGGCCGCCACGGGAACCGCUAUGGGCAGGCACAGUACACGGAGACCCAGCGUCCUGACGGCAGCAGCCAGUCCCAGUACAGCCGCUUCGAGCAGCAGGAUUCGUACGGCGGGCGCCAGACGUCUGGCUACGGAUACGAGGAGAAGACCGAGACUCGGCCGACGUAUGGCGGCGGCUACCAACAGCGAACCGAGCGUCACGAGUAUAAGGGCUCGAACGAGGACAGCUAUGGAGGUGGCCGCACUGGCGGCUACGCCAGCGAGUACUCGCGUCAAGACAACGACAGCUACGGACGCCGCCAGGAGAGCAGCGGCUAUGGCCGAGAGGAGAGCGGCUACGGCAGCGGGUCCGGGCGUCAGGAUGAGGACAGCUACGGCGGCAGCCACCGCCGUCGUGACGAUGACAAUUAUGGCGGCGGAAACAGACGCCGCGACGAAGACAGCUAUGGCGGCGGCUAUGGCGGAGGGAACAGGCGCGAGGAGGAGAGCUAUGGCGGUGGCUACGGCGGUGGCGGCAGGCGCCGUGACGAUGAUAGCUAUGGCGGCGGCGGCGGCGGCGGAGACAGCUAUGAGCGCCGUCAGGGAGGCGGCUACGGUGGGAACCAGGGCCGCGAGGACAGCGGCUACAGUGACGAGUAUGGACGCCGCGAAGAGGGCGGCUACGGACGCUCCGAGGGCCGAGGCGGCUAUGCUGCCGAGUAUGAGCGCGGCGACGACGACAACGACAACGGCCGCCGACGCCAGCACCACGGCCGUCGCGAGGAGGGCGGCUACGGAGGCGGCUACGGCGGUGGAUACUAG